UUCUUGUUUUUAUUUGUUCUUGCUGAUUGACCUUCAUUUUUGGUUUAAAGCUCCAAAUAUCCAAUGUCAUGUGUAAUUGAAUGCAUAAUUUUUCACAAGUCAAGCGCAAAGUCCGAGCGUUGAGGCGUUUCCUGGCUUUGAUGGAAGCGUCUUGUGUGGAAGGCAUGAGACGUUUCCUGUCAGCCUCUCAGUCUGCCGAGCCGAGGGCGGAGGAGAGAGGGAUGGCCGAGAACAGCUCCGAGUCGAGCGGCUCCGCGCAUCGGAGAUGUUUGACCCACUCCUCUCUGGAGAGAAACGCGUCCUCUGGCUCCGGGACAUCGAAGUGGAUUCGAUUAAACGUCGGAGGGACCUAUUUUCUGACGACGAGACAGACGCUGUGCCAGCACCCGAAAUCCUUCCUCUACAGACUCAGCCAAGCUAACCCCGAGCUCGACUCUGACAAGGAUGAAACUGGUGCCUAUCUUAUUGACCGAGAUCCCACCUAUUUUGGGCCAGUGCUCAACUACUUACGGCAUGGCAAACUGGUGCUAAACAGGGAUCUGGCUGAAGAAGGUGUGCUAGAAGAAGCCGAAUUCUACAACAUCACAUCAUUGAUAAAGCUGAUAAAGGACAAGAUCAGGGAAAGAGAUUGCAAAACAGCGCAGGUUCCCGUCAAGCAUGUUUACAGAGUGCUGCAAUGCCAGGAAGAAGAAUUGACACGCAUGAUGUCCACCAUGUCUGAUGGCUGGAAGUUUGAACAGCUUGUCAGUAUAGGUUACGGGCGAGCCCACCAGUCAGAGUUUCUGCUGAUUGUAUCAAGGGAGGUGAAGGAUGAGGAGUCUACUUUGCCAAACAACAGCGGAGAGUUGGUCAGCAUCGGGUCCUCUUACAACUACGAUGACCAAGCAGAGUUCCUGUGUGUCGUCUCCAAGGAGCUGCACAAUCAAUCAUACGGGACGAACAGUGAGCCCAGUGAGAAGGCCAAGAUUCUUCAGGAGCGGGGUUCCCGGAUGUGAAUGGGACUCAGUAUUAGGAGCUCCAGGUGUUAUGAUGCAAACAUAUCAUCAUCCUUGUGGAGGAGGAGCGUUUGGCACAGAGGAGAUUUAAAUGCGGAGGGCAUGCAUUUUGUCUUUGAGUUCCCCUCCAUUCUUUUAUUGUUUUUUCUCCAUGUAAAUAAGUGUUUACUGAAAAUGUGUGCCUGUUUGUCUAAACUGGACCUUUACAACUAGCUGCAGCAGUUUUUUUUUUCAAUUGAAAACUUUGGAAUUUCACCUACAAUAUUUUUUAUGCUCUAAAACUAAGGCUGACAGAUGCAGCCAACGAUUCACUCAGGGUCCACUAUCCAGUUAAUUCUUGUCUCCUGCCAUUUUAGGCUUAAGGGAGCCGGAUGAUCCUUAUCUAUGGCAGACGUAUCAAAUUUAAAAACAGCGGUUCACAGUUAAAAGGGAAUUAUAUUGAUUAUAUGCUUUACAUGCCAUCAAAUAUCAGAUUAGAAAUAUGAGAUUUUUAUUAAACAUCUUUCUUGGAUUUGUGAUCAUGAGGAACUAAACAUGAUUGGUCUCAUACAUUUCACUGAUAUAUAAAUAUUUAUUAUGAGAUACCAAACUACUCAAUUUCCUUUAUUCAAAUUAUGGAUAUAGUUGGUGGUUAGUGUUUUUUUUCCUGACCCACUAAAUUCAAAUUUGAAAGCCAGCCAACAAAUAGAUAAAGCAGAUAAAGCACAUUUAGGUGGUGGUUGAGUUUUAAGUCUAGUCAAACAAAACAAAAUGAAAAAAUGAAAUUCUUGGAGACUGUUGAAUUAUAUUCAGCAAGAAGUGUCAUAGCACCCCCUACUGACAAUAAAGUGUCAUCUCUAUGCUGCACCGUUGAGAACUUCUUCGUACUGAACUGGAAAUGUCUGAAGUGCUGGCUGUCUGAAUGUUUAGCUUAACGCCCUCAUGGUCACAAAUUUGUGAACAAACUGGUUUAUUUCAUUUUGCGUCAGGGAAUGUUUUUGGUGACAACACAUCUGUCGAUAAAACGCUCUGGAGUUUUCCUUCACAAAUGAAUAACUGUCCUAUUUAUGUUUAAGGGAAAUCUUAGAUUUGGGGUAAGUAUUUUGGUGUUGUAUUGGGGAGCUGUCUCGCAGGCAGUGGUGAUGGAGUUUAUGAUCAUAUCCAGAGGAUUUCGUUUGAUGUACAUAAUCCAAGCUCAAUAUUUAACUCCUAGAAAAAAUGCAUGUUUUGUACACUGUGUAGAGAACAACUUGAGAUGAAAGUUGCUUAUACUGGAUACUACAUAACAAGAGUCUUGAACUUGCGUUUUGCAUUAUUUGUACACAACUUAAGCAAUUUCUGAGUGACGUAUGAAAACCUGAUGCUUGUUUUGGUGUCGUUUCACUAAGAAGAUCCCUGGAACUUGUUUUGAUAACCAAUAACGAACCUGUACCUGGCUGGCUAUGAAAUUGACUGUUACAUUUGACAUGUUUUUUUCCCCCCUCCCUGCAGUGAUCAGUUCUUCAAACUGUCUUUAGAUCAUGUAGACUUUGUACGCAGCAUUACAAGCACCACAGUGUGGACACUGUGCACAUCACUUAAUGCCUGUAAUGUUGAUGUGAAUACUGCAUGGUUGAACACUUUUUUUAUAUAUAGUUUUCUAAUUUGAUGUGCGGUGUGAUGUUUGAUAGGUUAAAUAUUUAAAUCUGAUGAUUUAGUGUUGCCUUUUUCCCGAUGACCAAAAUCUAUUGUUUUAUGUGAAAUGCACAUUGAUCUUUGUGUCAGGGACAAGUGCACCUUUCUGAAAGUCGGCACACUUUGUACAUGAUGACUCCUUAUAGACACUUCAUUUACUCGCAUUCUUGUUGACACUUGACUUCAACUAUUUUAUAUAGCCAAUGAUAUUAAUAUGGAUGCAUGUUUUAUAUAGACACACACACAAGGGCUUUUAAAAUACAAAAUAUGAGAUCUGCAAAGCAGCUCAGAGUAGACUGGAUGCUCUGAAGAGCAAGGCAAUGUUUACAUUUGCUAUAGUAUUCUGAAGCCUUCCAAUAAUGUCUUGCACUCCCUCACACUUGCAUAACUUGUGCAAUAGAAUCAACGGGAACCGCGUCCUCCCAUAUUUUAAUGAACAAAGAAGACUGACGCUCCAUCCACUGACAGCCUUGCGUGAGCGCUGCAGACAAUCUUGCUUCCCCUCCUCAUUGGAAGAGGAAACACUCCCAUUUCAAGAAUUGAAUUCAAUUAUUUUCACUCAUUGAAGCAUUUUCUAAAUCGGUGAAUAAUACUUUUUUUUUUUUUACCGUUUGGAUUGCUUAAGGUCAUUUGACAUAUGUUUUGGUAAUGUUAUGGACUAUUUAAAUGCAUAUGUGUUCUGUCAUUCCAUUUGUUGGCAGGUUGUCUGGUUGUGUUUUCAGCAUGUUCACUUGAUGGGCAACAUAUCCUGUGUAGCCUAAUGCUUUUUUUAAAUGCCCGGUUUAAUUUGCAUUGACCACAAAUCACUGACAUGCAUUAAUAAUGAUCACAUUUGUAAUGGUGAGACGUCGUUUCCAUGAGUAAUACAAAUGAGUUGAUGUUCAAUAUCAUAUCACUACAUAAAUCAUAUAUAUAUGAACUUAUGCAACGUUAAGCUUUACAAAUGUGAGUAUGAUAAGGGUUAAAUCAAUGCAGUCAUACUUUAGAAAAUCCUAAUAAAAUGUUGUAAUUCUCA